AUGAAGUUCGCUACUGUUUUCACUCUCGCUACUGUCACUUUGGCCUUGAACUUGGACCAAGUUAGAUUGAUCAAUGACAACGAAUUGGUCAUCCAAGAUACUGAGUAUGGUUACCCAGCAAUUGUCAACUUGAAAGAAGAAGAUUCUGAAGUUGAUGCUGAAGCCAAGAAGACCAAGGUCACUACCACCACUUCAUCUCACGUCACUUCUGCUACCACCACCACCACCACCACUUCCUCCCACUCGUCAAAGAAGCACUCUUCUACUUCCACCAAACACAAGACUUCAACUCACUCCAUCACCAAGACUGCUGGUGCCGAUGCUGUUGCUGCUAGUGUAGGUGGUCCAUUGUUGGUUGCCUUGGGCUUGUUGUUGUAA